AUGGGAAGUAUUUUAUUUAUUGCUACUUAGAUUUGUGUGCAAGUGUAAGAAAUUCAGAGUUAACUGUUUAAGAUGCUUGUGAAAUCUUUUCAAUAACAAUAGAUGAUAAUGAAGUUGUUAUUCUUUAAGGAGAUAUUAGAGAAACAUAAAAUAAAAGCAUCUGUAAUGCAUUUAAAUUAAUGUAUUAGUGAAUGCUUGUUUUGAUCCUUAUAGCAAUUUUAUUCUAAAGUAAUUUAGAGUAAAAACUGAACAAUGUAUUUAUUAUAUUAGCAAAAUAUAGUAAAAUAAGGUGUACCAUCAUUAAUAUAAUUACCAAGAGGAAUCGUUAAAUCUGAGUUUAUGAUUAAUCUUAAGAUUAAUUUUGAUGAAUUCUCUAAAUAAGAUCUCAUUGAAGCAUUUGAAGAAAGGUAACAUAAAAAGAUUAUACUCUAUAGUUUUGAGCAAUUAUAUUUUCAAGAAAUUAAUUCAAUUUCAUAUUAUGAUUAAUGUGAAUAAUAUAGUAAAGAAAUUUAGAUCAUAAAUUGUGAGUGUUUUAUUGAAGCUUUAAUAAAUGAAAUUCAUAAUAAUAGACGAGCUAGAAAAUAUAGUAUUUAUCAUCCAAAUCUCAAUGUUUGUUUGAUGUACAAAAAUGAAUUCAAAUCUUAAUACUCUUCAUAUUGCAGAACAAAGUAUUCUAUGAUUGAAUAACAAAAUUUUAUAUAUGGAGAUGUUCUAUAAACAAUCCAUGAAGAAUUUACAGAAAAAAAUUCAUAGUUAGCUCUAUCUAUAACUAAGUUAUUCUAAGAUUAUCCAAAAGCUAUUGAAAAAAAAGAAAAUAUAGAAAUUUUUGUUCCUAAGAUGACUGCUUUAUCUUAAAAUUGA